AUGGAUAUUAUUUCUAAUAAAACCUAUACAGAUGUAAAAGUAGAAGAAUAUGAAUAAAAUGGAUGGAAUUUCAUAUUCACAAAAGCAGGAAUGUAUAAUACAUCUGAUUUAGAUAUGCUUUAAGAUGCAUUGACACUUCAAGGUAUACCAGAUAUUACUAAUGGGAAUAAUUGUGCUUUAAUUUAUAAUAAAUAAUUCAAUUUUGGUUUCUUUGUUAAUCCUAAAGAUUCACUUUAUCUAUGCAACUAUUAAUAAAGAUAACAAAAUUAUUUAGACAUCAAAAAUUAAUUUAGAACUAAUAAAAUUAAUUACAUAUCUGUUGUACCUGAAUAAGCACAACUUAAACAUUCAAAUAUUUGGAAAUAAAAAUAAAAUGAAGAUAUUAAAAUUUUAAAUAAAAUCUCUGAUACUUUCUAUUGCUCUCCAUAUAAAGGUACUAUUGUAGAUGGAGAUCAAAUUAAAUAUUAAUUCCAAAGAUUCAAAACUAUUGAAGGAAUUAAAGGUAAAUCUAUUUUUGAAAAUCAAUUAAAUGAAAAUGUAAUCAAAACUGAAUUAGAUUAUCUUACUCAUAUCUUUUAAAAUAAAUCUUUAUAAUUUUAUUCUGAAUAUACAGAAGAAGAAAUACCAUUAAACAAUUUGACUUAAGUAUAUAUGUAAAAUAAGAAAGGAAAAUCCCAUUAAAUGGGCAUCCUUCAUUACCUUAUAUGAGGAUGAAUUAGGAGAUAAUGGAUUAGUUACUUGUGAAUUCAGAUUCAGAGUUAUGGCAGAUUGUUUUUUUGGUUUAAUUAGAAAUUAUCUAAGAGUUGAUGAUGUUCUUAUAAGAAUACUUGAUACUCGUAUAUAUCAUUAAUUUGAAUGGGAUUACAUUCUGAGAGAUUAUACACAUAGAGAAGCAUCUUGGGGUAUUUUUGUGUAUUAAUUUUUAGAAAACAUCCAGAAAAGUGGUUUUCAUUUCUCUCCUUAGUGGUCAACAGAUUAAAAUCAAUCAUUUCUUAUAUAGAAUUCUGUUCCUAUCUAGUUGCACAUUAAUGAUAAAAUAUAUUUUAAGGUUGGAUGA